GCUCAUUUCACAUCUCCUAUGCACAUUUACUUUAUUCAGAUGAGGAUCUGAACAAAACUUUUGGUGAAUUUGGGACAAUUACUAGUGCUGCGGUGAUGAGGGAUACAGAUGGCGAGUCUAGGUGCUUUGGGUUUGUCAAUUUUGAAAACACAGAUGAUGCUGCUCGAGCAGUUGAAGCAUUAAAUGGAAAGACAUUUGAUGAUAAAGAAUGGUAUGUUGGAAAAGCUCAAAGAAAGUCAGAAAGGGAGCAAGAAUUAAGAAGUGAAUUUGAACAGACUGCAAAGGAAUCAAUGAAGAGUUCUUUCAGCUUGUCAUCAUCAACGCUAUCAUCCAAAUUUUUGACAUAUAAAUUUGCUCCUUGAUAUUUGUCCAGGCACAAUAACUUCGUGCCGUGAUUCUGGUGGAGUUAGCAGAGGCUCGGGAUUUGUUGCCUUCUCAACUCCUGAGGAAGCUGCUAGAGCUCUCUCUGAGAUGAGUGGGAAAAUGGUAGUGAACAAGCCACUUUAUGUUGCACUCGCUCAGCGGAAAGAAGAAAGAAGAAGCUAGGUUGCAGAAAGAGUUUUCUCAAGUACGACCAGUUGCAGUUGCCCCAGCCCUUGCUCCUCCUCGCAUGGCAAUGUAUCCUCCAGGUGCACCAGGCAUGGGCCAGCAAAUGUUUUAUGGCCAAGCUCCACCGGCUAUGAUUCCUCACCAGGCUGGAUUUGGAUACCUGGAAUGAGGCCUGGAGGAGCUCCUAUGCCAAUGGUCCAACAGGGCCAGCAAGCCCAGCGUCCAGGUAAACUCAGCAGACAAUGCCUUUGAUUCAACAACAGCAGCAGCAGAUGCUUCCAAGGGGAAGGAUAUACCGGUUCCCUCCUGGAAGGAACUUGCCAGAGGUACCCAGUCCUGCUGGAGGUCUUCUUCCAGUUCCAUAUGACAUUGGCACUACCCUUAGCUUCCCCGUGAAGGUCCUAUCAUGGGACAACAACCCGUACCAAUUAAUUACAGCCCUUGCAAAUGCACCACCUGAAGUUCAAUGCUGGGUGAGAAUUUGUACCCUCUGGUUGACCAGCUGGAGCAUGAGCAAGCUGCAAAGGUCACUGGGAUGCUUCUUGAGAUGGACCAAACCGAAGUUUUGCAUCUGCUGGAGUCACCUGAAGCUUUAAAAGCCAAAGUUGCUGAGGCUAUGGAAGUGCUUACGAAUGUUCAACAGCCCUGUUGCAGAGCAACUCGCCUCACUUUCUCUUAACGACAGCAGCCUUGUAUCCUAGGCAGUCGAAGCUUUGUCUGAUGUUUUUUUCUUUCUGCUACGCUGUGCGUUGGGC